CUCUUCUUCCUUCCUGUUCACUCCUCUGGCCUCUCCGUCUCUCUCUCUCUCUCUCUCUCGCUCUCUCGCUCUCUUGUCACCCACACGAGCUGAGUUCUCACCGUUCCCCUCAGUCGCUUGCGGUCGUUUGAGCCAAAGUCAGCAGCUCCUGCUUGAAAUUAGCCAACCCCUCCGGCGACCCAAAUCACCAACACACACAAACACACACAUACAUACAUUCCCGCCGCGUGCCAAAUGAGCGAUCAACAAGCUGCAGCGGCUGCAGUGUCGUCGCCACGCAAACCAGAGGGUAACAAGCUGCCAUCCACUCCAGAGGACGAGACUGUUGUGGCUGCUCCGCCACCACCGCCCCGCCGAUUGUCGCGCUCGGGCAGCACGGAGAACAUUGCAACCCCCCAAAUCAUUGGCAACUAUGCCCUGGACAAGACGAUUGGCAAGGGCAACUUUGCCAAGGUCAAGCUCGCCCGGCACGUCCUGACCAACGAGGAAGUGGCCGUCAAGAUUAUCGACAAGAGCAAGCUCAACCAGACCUCGCUCACCAAGCUCUUCCGCGAGGUGCGCAUCAUGAAGAUGCUCGACCACCCCAAUAUUAUCAAGCUGUACGAGGUUAUCGACACGCCAACAACGCUCUACCUUGUCAUGGAGUACGCGAGCGGUGGCGAGCUCUUUGACUUCCUCGUUGCGCAUGGCAAAAUGAAGGAAAAGGAGGCUCGCAUCAAGUUCCGCCAGAUCGUGUCUGCCGUCCAGUACUGCCACUCGCGCCGCGUCAUUCACCGCGACCUCAAGGCCGAAAACCUCCUCCUCGACGCCGACUUUAACAUUAAAAUUGCCGACUUUGGCUUUUCCAACCAGUUCACCCCUGGCGACAAGCUCGACACAUUCUGUGGCUCCCCGCCGUACGCCGCGCCAGAGCUCUUCCAGGGCAAAAAGUACGACGGCCCCGAGGUUGACAUUUGGUCGCUGGGCGUCAUUUUGUACACGUUGAUUUCGGGAUCCCUCCCGUUCGACGGCUCCAACCUCAAGGAGCUGCGCGAGCGCGUGCUCAUGGGCAAGUACCGCGUGCCCUUUUUCAUGUCGACCGAGUGCGAGCAGCUGUUGAAAAAGUUCCUCCAAGUCAAUCCCCAAAAGCGCGAGCCCCUGUCAAACAUUAUGGUUGAGUCAUGGAUGAAUGUGGGCUUUGAAAAGGACCCCCUCAAGCCAUGGGAGCCACCGGCGCCCGAUCUCACCGACGAGAGCCGUCUCCAACGGAUGGAAAAGAUGGGCUUUGCGCGCGCCGACGUGCUGGCUGCUCUCCAAAACGACGUGUACGACCACGUUGCUGCCACGUACUAUCUGCUUGGCCGCAAGUCGCGCAUGGAGCGUGUCAUGAGCGGCGACUACUCGCCCGUCGUGUCCGCCUCCAGCUCGAUCGCUUGGUCGGGCACCAGCAGUAGCACCAGCAACAGCACCGCCUCGGGCACAUCCAAUGGUCACGCAUUCGCGCCCUCAUCGUCGACUUCCUCCUCUUCCUCGACCGCCUCCUCAUCCAAUGCGGGUGCGGCAUCUUCCCCAGCACCUCCCGCCGUCGGCUCCAAUGCACCGGACGGCAUUACCACCACGGCCGUUGGCGACAUUAUGCGGUCAUCAACACCAACCAGCUCCUCCUCCGCUGCGGCGUCUUCUGGCUCACCAGUGCCUUCCACACCGACGUCGUCGUCAGCGUCGUCAGCGCAGUCGACAACGGCUGCCGCUCAUGCACAGGCAUCGGUAGACCGCGCGUCCAGCGGGCGAGCCGCGGGCUCAAGCCGCCCCAGCUCUAUUGUUAUUGAAGACGUUGAUGCCACUGGCAGCCGUAGCGCGCUCAACACGCGUGCGCGAGAGUUUUUGCAGUCGCGGUCCAAAGUCACGGCGUCGGGCGGCACGCCCGAGCGCGUGCCUUCCAUCACCGACUCGCACGCCUCUGCUGCUGGCGGUGGCACGCCUGGCAGCGACAGCGAUGCUGAAGACGGCACUCGUCGUCGAAACGGCAGUCGCCAUGAAGGCAGCGGCUCCCCGACCCUUACGCUUGGAGCAUCGUCACCAGCGCAGCCCAAUGGCUUCCUGGUCCCAACCUCUCCUUCAGGAACGCCCGUCAAGUCGGUCACCUCGCGUGCCCGCGACGAAGCUGGCGAGAGCGGUCGUGGCAACCGUCGACGUGGCUUGUCCGUCACGACCUCGUUCCUGCGCUCGCCCGCGCAGCCGUCUGGCGACGCCCCCGUCACCCGCAUCCCUUCUUCGCAGGUGGCUUCGGCUGCGGCCAACUCUGCGCCCGCGCGCGAGCGCCGCGCCCGCCGCCAAACCUACAACGGCGACGGUCCCUUGCCUGGCACCCCCGGCGCAGCACCUGCCGGCCCCACCGGACAUCACCCGUCCACACCAAGUGGCAGCGAAGGCGGCAAGAAUCUGCUGUCGCAGCUCAAGUCGCGAUUUAGCCGAUCCUUCAAGGCGCCUGCAGCGGUGCCGGCGGAAGACAAGAGCAAGCCUCGUUCGCUGCGCUUUACGUUCAGCAUGAACACGACGUCCUCCAAGAAGGCCGAGGAUGUUGUGACGGAGAUGCGCCGUGUGCUCGACGAGCUUCACAUUGUGUACGAGCGUACCGAAACCUUCAUGGUCACCUGUGCCCACGAGGGCGUCCAAUGGGAAAUGGAAGUCUGCAAGCUUCCUCGUCUUUCACUCCACGGUAUCCGCAUCAAGCGUAUUUCUGGCAAUUCCCUCACCUACAAGAACGUUUGUGCCAAGGUCAUUGACAAGAUGAAGCUCUAAGCCGUUUCUUCAACUGUUUGAGCCUUUUGCUGUCCCUCCCCCCCCCUAAAUCUGAUGCGUGCUCUCUCGGCUGGGCCACUUGUUGCUUUCUCGACGGCUUUUCCGGCUCUCUCUGCUCUCUCUCUCUCCCUCCCCCGCCUCCAUGAACUAGACACGGGCUGCACUUUAUUUUUUAUACUUUCUCUUCAUGACAACGGGGUUGUGCAUUCCUGCAGAUGGUUUCGCAUUGCAGCUCGUGUGUCUCUCUUUUUUUUUUUUUUUUUUGUUGUUGUUGUUGUUGUU